AUGUCAUCGGGAUUAGAAGCACAAUUGAAGUACACUCGUCUAAGUGAACAUGCAUUUCCACCAAUGAAGGGUUCUGAAAAAGCAGCCGGCUUUGAUCUGAAGAGCGCGUAUGAUUACGUGGUACCAGCUCGAGGCAAAGAAUUGGUGAAAACUGACCUGCAAAUUGAACUACCUUCUGGAUGUUACGGGAGAGUAGCUCCACGUUCAGGAUUAGCACUCAAGAACUUUAUUGACGUUGGAGCGGGUGUUAUUGAUGAAGACUACAGAGGAAAUGUGGGUGUGGUUGUGUUCAACCAUUCUGACACUGACUUUAUUGUAAAGAAGGGUGAUAGGAUUGCUCAACUCAUAUGUGAAAGAAUUUUCUACCCUGUACUUAAAGAGGUUACUAAUCUCUCAGAAACUAACAGAGGUGAGGGUGGGUUUGGCUCUACAGGCAAAUAA